AUGGCACAGGAGAAGUCUACAUCAACGGCCACGGAAGUGUCCGCUCAGUACAACAGUAUCAGCCAAGCACUUCGAACUAAAAAAGCAUUAUCUAUGGACCCAUACCGAGUCAACAUCGAGAGCUGGCGUCCGGCAGAGGGAAAUAUCGCUCUCACCGAAUCCUGGCUUGCGUCUACCUUAGAGGUUUCAGUCAACGGGUCUAAAAUCCUUGCGUAUGUUGCUUUGCCGUCCGCUCAUUCCUAUUCUAUCGCAGGGCAGAUCAGCCGCAGCCAACGAAUUUUUUGCCAUUUACCUGCAAUCGGUACUUAUGUCGAAUUCAAACGUGAUACAAUGCUUUCGUUUGCGGAAAGUACCCGUUCUGUCGCCAAAGCCAAGAAUGACCCUGGGCAGAAGACAGUCACAGCGCCGAUGCCUUGCAAGGUGUUGUCAAUUCUGAAGAACAAUGGGGAUGAGGUCAAAUCCGGGGAAUCGGUUAUGGUCAUUGAAAGUAUGAAGAUGGAGGUUAGUAUUGCAGUGGCAGCGGCAGGUAAGUUUGAAACAACAUGGAAGAAAGGGAAUGCAGUAGAGGAAGGGAAAGUCCUUUGCUCGGUUGUUUAG